AUGAAAGGCUUCUUUCAUCUUUGUCUAAAAUCCAGAUAUGAUCCGGAACCUGGAUUUCCGGGUUUUAAAAACCCGGAUUCACCCGGGUUUCGGCCUGGAUCUGACCCGGAUCAAUCCGAUGAGGAUUGGGGAACCAUUUUAGAGGUGGAUAAUGAACAAGAUGGAGUAGAUGGACAACAUGAAAUUACACCUGAAGCUCACAUUGAGGUUGAGGAGGAGGAUGAUGAUGAAAUUGAAAAUGGAAAUGUCUUCAACGAGAAUUCUACUCUUGAAGAACCCACUCGUAGAUUGAUAUUUCAUACUAAACAGGAUCUCCAAGCUUAUUAUAAGCAAUAUGGGAAGCAGCUAGGGUUUGGGGUUAACAUUCAAAGAGUAAAAAAGGAUGUGGAUGGUGGGUUCGAGAAUCUUCAAUUUCUAGAGAAGGAUUGUCGUAAUUAUAUUGACAAGGCUAGACAACUUCGCCUUGGCAAAGGAGGUGUUGAGGCCCUUCGUGCAUAUUUUAUGAGAAUGCAAGUAAUGAAUGAUGGAUUUUUUGCCUUGAUGGAUUUAGAUUAUGAUUUGUGGUUAAGAAAUGUGUUUUGGGCUGAUGGACGGAGUAGGACAGCAUAUGAUUAUUUUGGAGAUGUUGUGACGUUUGAUACGACAUACCUCACUAAUAGAUACUGCUUGUGGCACAUUAUGAGGAAAUUGCCAGAGAAGUUGGCUUCCAAUACUCAAUACGAUAGUGGGCUAAAAAGUACACUUCAGCGUUGUGUGUAUGACUGUCAAACUGCAGAGGAGUUUGAGAAGCAUUGGGGCUUAUUUCUUGACACCUACAACUUGCAUGAUCAUGCAUGGUUGCAAAGUCUAUACAGUGAGAGGAUGCAUUGGGUACCGGUGUAUUUAAAAGAUGCAUUUUGGGUAGGGAUGAGCACCACACAACGUAGUGAAAGCAUGAAUGCCUUUUUUGAUGGUUUUGUUCAUUCAAGCACUAGACUUAAAGAGUUUGUUGAUCAAUUUGAUAAUGCCUUGAGGAAGAAGGUUGAGAACGAGAAUGCAGCAGACUUUCACUCUUUUAAUUGCACAAUUCCAUGCAUAUCUCCUUUACCAUUUGAGAGGAUAUUUCAACAUGUGUACACUAUAGCCAAGUUUAAGGAAGUGCAAAAGGAAAUAAUGGGAAUGAUUUUUUGCUGCUCAUCUUUACAAAAACGAAGGUGCAAUUUCAACGUAUUAUGUGGAUGA